GCCAUGGUUUUCCUUCCCUAACUCUCUUCUAUAAUCAAAUCUCCUCGUAAUGAAACUCAGCAUCGCCGUCCCGAUCAUCGCGGCUCUCGUUCACCGCGCGUGGUCCCGCAAGUCGCUGACGCCCUUCGGCAUUGUCGUCGCAGCUCUGACAGCUAUUGCGCACGCCGUCAAUCCAUGGUCACUACCACUAUUCCUUCUUUUAGUCUUCUAUCUUGGGGGGACGAAAGCCACGAAGGUGAAACAUGACAUCAAAGCCCAGCUCACCCUCUCCGCGACGGGCUCUCACGGCGGCGAAGGUGCUCGAACACACAUCCAGGUCCUUGCAAACUCAAUCGUUGCUACUGUUCUCAGUCUGGUCCACGCCUGGGUUAUAAGAAAUAACAAAGCGGAUGGUCUGACGGCGGAGUGUUUCUCAAACGGGCGCCAUGCGGCCGAUUUGCUUGUCGUUGGGAUUGUCGCUAACUAUGCUGCCGUCGCGGCCGACACAUUCUCCUCCGAGCUAGGCAUUCUCUCCAAAUCGAAACCGCGCCUCAUCACAUCGCCUACGUUGCGCGUCGUUCCACCGGGUACAAAUGGCGGUGUCACGGGGACAGGAAUACUUGCUGGUUUGUUGGGGGCAUUCACAAUCGCCGUCACCUCUGCGAUACUUUUGCCUCUCUGCGGCUCUUUCAAGAGUACGGUACAGGACCGAAUAAUCUGGAUCCUCGCGACGACGUUCUGGGGUGGACUUGGGAGUAUCUUGGAUAGUGUUUUGGGCGGAUUAUUCCAGGCUAGUGUCGUUGAUAAGCGGAGUGGGAAGAUAGUUGAGGGAACUGGUGGCCAGAAGGUCCUCCUUCAUCCGUCGUCCACAAAACCUGGAAACGCAGCAGAGACCCUUCAUUCCACCGCUGGCACAACGGGCGCCCAACUCCGCAACACAGAGACUGCGGCGAACACUGCCGCGCUCAAGGGGACCAGGGCCACGGGGACGUCAACAGGAACGGAAAAUGGAGAAAAGAUUCAUCACGAGAGCCGUCGUAUUGAAAGCGGACACGACAUUUUGGAUAACAACGCGGUUAAUGUGUUGAUGGCGCUGAUUAUGAGUGUAGGGGCUAUGGUGGCGGCUAGCUAUGUUUGGGAUCUGUCUGUUUGGGAUGCUUUUGCUUGA